AUGAACCCUGUAUCAGAGUCAGAGAUACUCGAGGAGGAUACGAAACUCUUGGAGAACGAAGCAUAUGUCCCAACCUUCGACUUUAGCAGCCCGCCAAAACAACUCGCGCAGAUCGAGCUAGAGGCAUGUUGCCGCGGUGCAAAGUGGUCUCCCGACAGCCAAGCCAUUCUGACAUCGAACGAGGACCGUUAUUUGGAUGUGUAUAACAUCUUUGCGUCAUCGGAACGAGGAUACGAAUUCGGGCAGCGAUCACGCUCUCGUCAGGCUGCUCCCAUUUACGAAACGGCAUGGUACCCAUAUGCCAGUGUGAACGAUAUGAGCACGUUUUGUUUCCUCGCGUCAGUGAGGGAUGCACCCGUGAAGCUCCUAGAUGCAAGUGAUGGACGGAUGCCUGUACCUCAAAUCCUUCAAUACGUUCGCUACGUGGAUCACACUUUCUGGUCGAAAGGAAUUAUAUCUUCAAUCGCGUUCUCCCCGGAUUACUCGGGUCUUUACGCAGCUGGAACGUUCAAUGCAUCUAUUGGCCUCCUUUCAGAGGAUACCGGCGCACAAAUUCUGCUAUACUUGGACGACGUACCAAGCGCGAUAACACAGCUCAAGUUUAGUCCAACGCGACCAAGCCUCUUAUUUGCAUCGUUCCGACAACGGGGGGAAAUCGGCGUCUGGGAUGUACGCAAUACAACGACGCGCUACGGUACUCUACAACCACCAGAAGUUGGGCGCGGACCUACAGAUGCCUCUACAUUGAAUCAGCGACGAUGGUUCGAUAUUGAUAUAGGGGGACGAUGGCUGACGUAUCAGAUGGGAAACGCGAGAGUGUAUGACAUAUCAACAUUGUCGUUCUUUGACUCGUUCACGGUGCAUUCAGACUCGGUAUCAACGGUAACGUUCAAUGGGCGCGAUAAUACACUGUUGACAACCUCGGGCGCGCACCAUUUCGCGACAUGGCCCGAGCAAGCGGAAAGUGAGACGGAAGAGGAGGAAGAGACUGCAGUCGUUUUGACUGCAGGAGGUCGAUCUAUAGUCGAAUCGAGUAUGAAAUUAUGGCGGGUAUCGUGA